AUGUCGCAAAUCUUCGAAGACGGAUCGACCGAAGAGAGAGGCGAGAAUGCACGUCUUAGGCAAGUCUCUGCCUUUGUCGGCGCUAUUGCGAUUGGCGAUCUCGUAAAAUCGACCCUGGGACCCAAGGGUCAGGACAAGAUUCUCCAAAGCGGUUCGACCGGCGAGAUCAUGGUGACGAACGACGGCGCAACGAUCCUCAAAAGCGUAGCUCUCGACAACGCAGCAGCGAAGGUUCUGGUGAACAUCUCAAAAGUACAAGAUGAUGAAGUAGGAGACGGAACGACGAGUGUCGCAGUCCUUGCAGCAGAACUUUUGCGCGAGGCGGAGCAGCUGGUAAAUCAGAAGAUCCACCCACAGACGAUCAUCGAGGGCUUCCGGAUAGCAAGCGCAGCGGCUCUGAAAGCAUUAGAAGAGACGGCGACGGAUCACAGCGCGAACCCAGAUGCGUUCAGGAAAGAUCUGAUCUCUAUUGCGAGGACAACGCUCAGCUCCAAGGUCCUGAGCCAGGACCGAGACCACUUCUCGACGCUUGCGACCGACGCCGUGCUGCGUAUGAAGGGAUCCACGGACCUCACUCACAUUCAGAUCAUCAAGAAGGCGGGCGGUAAGCUUUCCGAUUCAUACCUCGACCCUGGAUUCAUUCUGGACAAAAAGUUUGGCGUCAACCAACCUAAGCGAGUGGAAAAUGCGAAAAUCCUGGUUGCCAACACAUCGAUGGAUACCGACAAGGUCAAGAUCUUUGGUGCGAGAGUGAAGGUUGAGAGCACGGGCAAGUUGGCUGAGCUGGAGAAGGCUGAGAGGGAGAAGAUGAAGUCAAAGGUGGAGAAGAUUAAGGCGCAUGGUAUCAACUGCUUCGUCAACAGGCAGUUGAUCUACAACUGGCCCGAGCAACUCUUCUCCGACGCGGGCAUUGCUUCGAUCGAGCACGCCGACUUCGAUGGUGUGGAGAGACUGGCGCUUGUCACUGGCGCUGAAAUUACCAGCACAUUCGACCAUCCAGAGCACGUCAAGCUUGGCCACUGCGAUCUGAUCGAGGAAGUCAUCAUCGGCGAGGACAAUCUCAUCCGCUUCUCAGGGGUAGCAGCUGGACGUGCAUGCACCAUCGUGCUGCGAGGAUCGUCAGAGCAGCUUCUCGACGAGGCCGAGCGCAGUCUACACGACGCACUUGCUGUCCUCUCACAGACUGUCAAGUCACCGAAGACGACACUAGGAGGCGGUUGUGCGGAGAUGGUCAUGGCAAAGGCUGUCGACCAGGCAGCCCAGAACGUCGCAGGAAAGAAGGCGCUGGCUGUGGAUAGCUUCGCCAAGGCACUUCGACAACUGCCCACCAUUCUCGCCGACAACGCAGGUCUUGAUUCGGCAGACCUCGUAGCCAGAUUACGAAAGGCUGUCUAUUCUGGCAUGUCAUCGAGCGGUCUGGAUCUGAUGCGACCGGGUGGUGGCAUUGCAGACAUGCGCGAGCUGGGAGUGAUUGAGAGCUACAAGUUGAAGCGUGCGGUGGUAUCGAGUGCUAGCGAAGCCGCUGAGCUUCUGCUAAGAGUCGACAACAUCAUUCGCGCGGCGCCACGAAAGCGGGAGCGGAUGUAA